AAAACCAGAGAAGCUAGUAUACUUGCAGAUAUAUUUUUAACCAAGUCAAGGUAAAGUCUUGGUACAUAGCCAGUUUUUUUGUGCUUGCCAAUGUUUUAGAAGCUCUCUUUUCCCUUUUGGAGCAUGAUAAGAAUAUCACUGAUGCACUCAACUGCACCUGGUGCACCUCUAUUUUGUUCUUACCAAAUUUUGAUGUCAUCUGAACAGAUACAACUGGGAUGGAUUUGUUAACUAAACUUGAUUCACAUAUUCCUGUGUUAGAAUUAUGGUAGUUUGAUGUCCUGAAGUGCUCUGCGUUUUCUCUAAUCUUGCCAGAAUGAGUAUUGUCAUUGGUAGACUAAGUUUUACAAUUUGGAAUAAUUGUACAGCCAGUGUUGUCAGAUGCUAUUUCCUAACCCCAUGUGUGGUAAUUUAAGUGGUUUGCUAUUUUGAUGUUUGAUCAAAAUGGGUUAUGUUCUUAUUACAUUUCAGUUUGCCUGACAGCCCAGCAGAACCUGAACCUGAUAACCAAAAAGGAAGUCCUGAAGAACCCAGAGUUAUACCACAUGAUGAG